GGUGCACUUUAGAUCAGUGUCUUUUUUCAAUAUGAGUAAUAACUGACACAGUUUUUUUUCAUGACCUUUAUUACAGAAAUGCACAUAACAUGAACAAUGUGUGCCAAACAUUUUAGCUGAGUCAUGUUUGGGCUGUUUAUUUCUUCUUUUAGGGAGAAGAAUGUUUGUUACACAGUUGCAGAAUUGUGUCUUUGAAAUGACUCAGCACAAAUGUGUUGUCAACAGCAUCAUCGUGCAUACAUACUCUGAAAUGACUGUAUUGGACUAAUAUCCAUAUCGGUAGAUACUCGAGUUUGUGAUUUCGGUAUCGGACACAAAAAAGUGGUAUCUCCCAUCGCUAUACGCGACAGGGAGGCAGGCAGGCUCCUGACGUCACGCGAGAACGUGGUCAUGCGUGAUGACGAACGUUGACCCCGUGCUUCUAAACAGGGAUCGCUCCAUGAUCCGCAGGUCGGUGGGCUGGCGGUGGCUGCUGCUGUUGUGAAAGAGAAGAAGAAGGAACUCUCCUCGUGUGAACCAGGCUGAAGGGCGGUCUCAUCUCCUCGCUACACUCCGUCGUCUGCGCGUGUGUUCCGGCUGCGAGUGAAGGUUGUCUUUGCCUCCGCUCCGACAUAACGAACCACGGAGACAAGCCAACGGUUAGCAGAGAAGGGAAGUGGGCUCCGCUGUCUCUUUCCGUCAGGCAGAUGCUUCCAGCUGCCCAGCUUGACAAGAGUGAAGGGGUGUGUCAACUAGCAGAUGAGGCAGUCCUGGACGAUGUCAUCAGACUGAAGGAGUCAUCUGCAGUGUUGACACAAGAGCAAGACCGAGGGGGGAUAAGGAAAGAGGAGGAGGAGGUCAACAACAUAGAAUACAGAAGAAUGGGUGUGGGGAAAAACACCACCUCCAAGUCGAUGGACAGCGGCAGUGAGGGAGUAAAAUAUGAAGAGGAGAGCAAACAUGGAGCAGAUUUCUACCCUAUACCGGUGGUGGUCAGUGGAGUCAAUGGUGCCAGUGGAGACCAGGACACUGAGAACACAGAACUAAUGGCCAUAUACACAAAAGAUAUUCAAGGUGCAGAAAAGAGCUCGAUGUCCGAGACAUUGGACAGCACAGACAGUAUGGACGCAAGAAGGAUGGAUAUGAUCUAUACCAUUGAAGACACCCCACCCUGGUACCUGUGUGUGUUCUUGGGCUUACAGCACUACUUGACGUGUUUCAGUGGGACGAUCGCGGUGCCGUUCCUCCUCGCUGAUGCGAUGUGCGUCGGGUUCGAUCAGUGGGCCACCAGUCAGCUCAUCGGGACCAUCUUCUUCUGUGUGGGGAUCACCACCCUGCUACAGACCACAGUGGGCUGCAGGUUACCUUUGUUCCAAGCCAGUGCUUUCGCCUUCCUGGCACCAGCCAGAGCCAUCCUGUCACUGGACAAAUGGAAGUGUAAUAAUACAGUGGUUCCAGUACUGAACAGCACCGAGCUCUUCAACACGGAGGACAUUUGGCAUCCGAGGAUACGAGAGAUCCAGGGGGCCAUCAUCGUGUCCUGCCUGAUUGAAGUGUGCAUUGGGGCCCUUGGUCUUCCCGGGAUCCUCCUGAAGUACAUCGGACCCCUGACCAUCACCCCCACUGUAGCACUCAUCGGCCUUUCUGGUUUCCAGGCUGCAGGGGAAAGGGCUGGAAAACACUGGGGCAUUGCCAUGCUGACUAUCUUCUUGGUGCUGCUGUUCUCGCAGUACGCCAGAAAUGUUAAUUUCCCUUUCCCGGUCUACAAAGCCAAGAAAGGCUGGACUUCUUAUAAACUUCAGGUCUUCAAAAUGUUUCCUAUCAUCAUGGCUAUUCUGGUGUCAUGGCUGUUAUGCUUCAUUUUCACAAUAACGGACGUUUUCCCGCCGGAUAAAAACAAAUAUGGGUUCUACGCCCGUACAGAUGCUCGUCAAGGAAUCCUCACGGCGGCGCCGUGGUUUAAGAUCCCAUAUCCUUUCCAGUGGGGUUUUCCAACUGUAACCGCAGCAGGUGUGAUUGGGAUGAUGAGUGCUGUGGUGGCCAGCAUCAUCGAGUCCAUUGGAGAUUACUAUGCCUGUGCUCGUCUCUCUGGUGCUCCUCCACCUCCCAUCCAUGCAAUCAACAGGGGGAUAUUUGUGGAGGGUAUUUCCUGUGUGCUGGAUGGGCUUUUUGGCACAGGAAAUGGCUCUACCUCCUCCAGUCCAAAUAUAGGUGUCCUGGGAAUCACAAAGGUGGGCAGCAGACGUGUGAUCCAGUACGGAGCCGCCAUGAUGCUGCUGCUGGGGAUGGUGGGUAAAUUCAGCGCCCUUUUUGCCUCUCUGCCCGACCCUGUCCUGGGAGCUCUGUUCUGCACCUUGUUUGGUAUGAUCACUGCAGUUGGACUGUCCAACCUGCAGUUUGUUGACCUCAACUCCUCCAGAAACCUCUUUGUCCUGGGCUUCUCCAUCUUCUUCGGUCUGACGUUGCCAAGCUACCUCAAAAGAAACCCGCUGGUGACGGGAAUAGUUGAGAUUGACCAAGUGCUGAAUGUCCUCCUCACCACGGCCAUGUUUGUUGGAGGCUCCGUCGCCUUCAUUUUGGACAAUACUAUCCCUGGUUCUGCUGAGGAGCGAGGCCUCAAGAAGUUGAAGCGUGGAACUGGCGUCAAUGGUGCAGAACUGGAAGGGAUGAGAUCGUACGACUUGCCGUUUGGAAUGGACUUCAUUCACAGACACGCCAUCUUCAAGUACAUCCCCAUCAGCCCUGCCUUUACAGGCUACCAGUCUUGGAGGCUACAGAAAACCUGCAGGAGAAGAAUGGGACCUGGAGAAGUGGUGAAGGGAGGAGGAACGGGAGGGGAGGGAGACUCGGCAGCAGGGGAGAGUCGGGUAUAGUCAGCAAGGAAUAAAAUGUGGCUGGAUUUGGGGAGCAGGGGAUGUACACUAAGGAUAAAGGACUGAAGAUGAAAGACCGAAGCAGAGCAGGAUUUUGAAUUGUAUGUUAGAAAAUGUGAUGGCCCCCCAUCGUUAUUUGUUUACUUUAUUUUGUGACUGUUUGUCUACUUGCCCACUAUAUUGGUUAAAGCAUGCUUAAGCAAGUCACAGCAUGUUUUUAAAAGAUGUCACCACACAGAGGUUAGUUGGUGUGUGUGUGUGUGUGUGUGAAUGUGUCUCCGGUUAGCAGCGAGAGGUGACUGCACAUUAUCCUCAAGUGAGAGGGAUGGACGUGGAACAAUCACAGCUGAACGGUUGGUAAUUCACUUGCCAUGUCACUUUUGACACAUUCUCCGAAAAGUGCGCUAGAUUUGAAUGUGUCGAUUUUAGGAUUAUGCAAAAUUACUGUUACAAAUCUCGAGGCUCAUUAUGCAACCGCUUUAGAGAUGCACACACACAUGCUUAAACACCAACCGCCUCACCAGAACUAGUGCAACGAAGCACUUUGUGGUCAUGCAGACGAACGGAGACGGUUUGUCAGGUGCACUUAGCCAUGCAAAGUGAUUGUGAAGUUUAUUUUCUGGCUCCUACAUUUAGAAUGUCUCUCCACAGCUUGUGCCCACAUGUCUUCAGUAAAACUCCCCAGAGACCCAUUUUUUAAAAAAUAUGUAGACUGCUGAUAUUCAUGGCCUCUCCCAUUUGAUCAGGGGAAAAUGUCACAAACCUUCUAAUUCAUGUCUCUUUACUGUCAGUAUUAUGCAUCAUCUGUAAACCAGACCAAGACGUUUAAUGAAGUUUUUUUUAUUUGAUCUAAUAAUCAGCUGAUUUCACAUCUCCUCGCCUGAACUGCUGUAAUGACGAGAGUGAAUCUGCAAAUUUGUGGCCUCACAAAUAACUCCUCCGUGCAGAUCUUCUCUCACAGUCACUUGUGAGCAGAGAUUUGUGUUAAUGUAGGAUUAACUCUAUCGUUAAUAACUACCACUAUCCAACCUAUGCGGUUUUUCAGUGCGUUCACUUAGCUGUUGUAUAACGUUACUUAGAACUUAGGGUGGUGGUUUUGUUUCGAUGUAAUACUUUUUUUAUUUUUUUCGCUUUUAAUAGCUUUAAUGGAUUUUCCCUACAUUCCUCCUCCUCCUCGCCGCCCCUGCCACUCUCAUCCCACUUCAGCUUUUAACUCCUGUCGUUGUCGUGUCUGCUGUUGUUCGGACCUUUUUUAGUUCUCAAUGCAAAGAGCGAGUCCGUUGACCUCACUCUAUGCCGCUGCUUCUCUACAAGAAAAACAAACAGCAGUUUGUAAAAUACCAUACGUCAUAUAAAAGUAAAAAGUAAACACAAAGGGGAAAAUAACCAAUAGAAAACAGAUGGUAAUUCACAUUCAGUGAAGAGAUUUUUACUUCAUCAGAAUUCUAAAAGCUCUUAAUGUUCUCUCUUUGCUCUGUGACCAAAAACCAAUACUUUUCAUUGGCAGUUGCAGUUGAGAAUCUUCAUCUCAUGCCUUUUAUCACUUGUGUUUUAGCUAUUUAUUUAUUUAUGCAAAGUUGGUGUUUAACGAUGGCUUGAAGCAGGUCUAUUUGUCGCUUGCACAAUGUUGAAAAUAUAUUUAUUGUUACACUUUUUGUCUAUUUUCUACUGCUUUAUCCUCCACAUGAGGGUCGCGGUGGGCUGGAGCCAAAUCCCAGCUGACAUCAUAUAUACUUGAUAAGAAUAGGUGUGAUGAUGAUGAUGAUGAUGAUGAUGACAACAACAGGCUCCUCUCUCUCCCAGCCUCUGCUACAGUUCAUGCUUUUAAAACAUCUCACCCCAAGGUCAACAGCUCGUCGUACAGUUAGUCAUGUAAAAAGCUAGCUGCUUCUACUUCAUUCCAUUUAUAUCAUGUUGUUUAAUAUAGAGGUGGAAAAAAACAAACACUUUUUUUUAAACAUUGAACUGGAUUGUCAUGUCAAAUUUCUGUCGGGGCCCUUUUUUUAAAACAAGUACUGUUUGCACAUGUAACGGUGCCAAGAAAAUCCGGGUCAGGGAGUGAGACAAUCUCACUGACUUCAACCUCUGUAAUGUCACUGUUGUGUUUAUACAGGAUAUUUAUGUUUUUUCAUGACUCUAAAGCCUGAUCUGUUCUGAAUUUCUUUGGGCCCCAUUAAUGACCUCAUCUCUCUUUACAUCACUCUUAUGAUUUAGUCAUUAUCGAAAGACAAUGCUACCAUCUGUCUCAAAUUGGAAUUUGGAACAUCACAGUUAUCGAAAUACUAAAUACUUCACGGGCACCAUUUUCAGUUGCCCAUGUCGGUAUAUGCAGUAUAUAAGGUUAAGAUAAUAAUUACAGUGGUAUAACAUCUGUGAUUCCUCAUUUAGGCUGCAGUAGGCAGGAUCAAUGGAAAAAUACCUGACUGAUUUUCUAAAACACCCUGUUUUUUUGGAUUGUUGCUCCCUGGCUCUGAGCUCUAAAGUGGAGCAGCUCUCUAUGAACUGCCCUGUGAUUGGUCAAAGCCUUCCAAUCACACUAUAGAUUUAGUUGUAAGGCUGUAAACGGAGCUCAGAGGAGGUGCAGUAGUGGCGCUCUGUCUCAGAUCAAUGGAUACACAUUAUGCUAAUAAUGCAAUUUUUAUGUUUAAAGUCACAACAUUUGGUGCAGAGCGAGAUUCACCAAAUAUUCUACCAUCCUUAGUAGACAGUUGAUAAUCUCACCAUCUCGAUAGCUGUUAACCGGUGGAGUUUUUGUCUGUGCUGCACAUGACGUGCACAAAUAAUCGCAAUCGCGACUCGUGACUUUGUUCCCUGUGUCAUAUUACAUGCAACCAGCACUUAAAUUUGCCAUCACAUCCUCAAGUUCUUUCUGGACACUCACAUACUUGUUGAAGUCCUUAAUUCCUGCAGAGAACCUGUCUCAGUGUCCUCGUGUUUAGUUGUUUCAGGAUGCAGGAGAAGACACAGAGUGGCCAUCUUAUUAAGAGCCUGUUGGCAGCUGAGUGAACCUGCCUUAUUACUUAACAGCAAGAAGAACAUUGGACAACUUUGUGCCUAAAUUCAUCUUCCUCUUAAUUUCCUCUUUUACCCCCACAGUUAUCUUACACUGUCCCCUUUCUUUCUUUCUUUCUUUCUUUUUUAAAAUCCUUGAUACAUGCAUGUGUGAAUGAGUCACACAUUGUCACAACAGAAAUGGCUCAAUUACAGUAGCCACACCUCAGAUUUACUUCAUCAUUUACAUAAAAGAAACAAACAGAUGGCUCUUGAGAAGGUGCAUAACACAAAUACAUCAGUCUCUUUCAGUUAUCUUGAAGGGGAUGCUACAUGAAAACAAAUAUAUACUAUGUUUUAUCUGUGUUUUAUCUUUUCCAAUGUGUCUGUACUUUUAUACAUCAUGUUAUGUUUUUGCAAGUAAAUAUUUGUAAGAAACAAAUCAUAACUUUCAAUCUUAAAUCAUGCUGAACAGCAGACAAUUUUGUUUACUUUUUCUCUAAAAGGUAAAAACAACAACCAACAUUUAAAUUCUAUUUUGAGUAUGUGGUGUGGUGGAAUUCUUUUCCAUAAUACCAUACUUGUGUUUGUUUCGUAGGACCUUUUUAAAAUUGUAUUUUUUUACUCUAACAUUGCUCUUUCUCCAUGUCAUUGCAUUACAGUAUACUUUGCUGGUAAUGUGAAACUUUACCAGUAAACUUUAAAUAUGUAAACAAAUAAAUGUAUAUUUAAAGGAGUAAAGUUUGCUAAACCUUCUGGAAAGAAAUUGUGUAAACUAAAUAGUAGCAAGAAAUUGUGUUAUUCUUUGUUCAUAAAGCUAUUUAAUAAGAUGUUACUGAAUGAA